AUUGGACAUGUAGGGGUAGGGAUAUUGCUGAGAAUCACAGUUGAAGUAUUGCAAACUGCUCGUAAGCUUUAAAGUCAGAAAGACAAUCAUCCCCUAUACGGUAGAUCUGGCGUUCUAUUCAUGGACAUGACAUGAGGAAAUAGCCGGAGCCAAAAUGACUGGUUCAUGUUCUCCAUCUUCUUAUACAAUCACUCUAUUGGCAUCGUGUGUUCAUCUCCUUUCCUUCUCCAGACAGCACUACUCUUCAGACUCCUCUCUCAUACUCCCUCCUUCCUCCUCCCGUCCAUCCAUCAUGGUCAGAAUCAACUGGACGCCGACGAUUGAACGGUAUCACACCAAAACUGGAAAACGUGUCCUUCUCAUGGCUAUGCGGGAAUACACCUGGCUCGAACUGUUGAUCGUCAUUCUCACCUACCCCAUCCUGUUUUAUCGAUCCCUUUCACUCGGCAUGAGCGAAAAUGCCGCGAACGGACCCGAUCCGACGUUUGUAGUUCCCUCUGGACCGUUGACGGCUGAAGGGAAGACGGCGGUCAAGAAGAGAAGUUAGGGAGGACGAGAGGAUGGCUGGCGCGAUGGAUCGCCGAUACGUGGGAUAUCGAGAGUCUCCGGGAAGAUAGGCAUAGAAGGACCGGGGGGGGGGGGGGGGGA